UUUUUAUUUUUUUGGGCUAGCGCUCUCUCGCUCGCUCUCAAUCUCGAACGAACUUUGCCUUAUCCUGGCCUGCAAGCCACAUUGAAAGAAAAAGUAUUAGCCAAAAACAAACACAGACGAGUGAAACCAAAGCGCAAAGAGAGAUGGCGUCGUUCGCUCAGCAAUUCACAGGCCUCAGAUGCACACCUCUCUCAACUUCUCGCCUCGCCAAUCGAGCUUCCCUAUUAUCUUCUCCCAAGCUCAGAAAGUCGUCUUUUGUAGUAUCUGCGGUGGCAAUAUCAAAUGCCCAGACCAAGGAGAGGCAAAAGCUCAAACAGCUCUUCGAAGAAGCUUACGAGCGCUGCCGUACUGCCCCUAUGGAAGGCGUUUCCUUCACCCUCGAAGACUUUCACACCGCUCUCGAUAAGUAUGACUUCAAUUCCGAGAUUGGUACCACGGUCAAGGGCACUGUGUUCAUGACUGAUGCGAAUGGUGCAUUAGUUGAUAUUACUGCAAAAUCCUCUGCAUAUUUGCCUAUCCAAGAAGCUUGCAUUCACAAGAUAAAACAUGUAGAAGAAGCUGGUAUAGUCCCUGGAUUGACAGAGGAGUUUGUUAUCAUCGGUGAAAAUGAAGCUGAUGAUAGUUUAGUCUUGAGCUUAAGGUCAAUUCAGUAUGACCUUGCCUGGGAAAGGUGUAGGCAGCUUCAAGCUGAGGAUGCUAUUGUGAAGGGUAAGGUUGUUGGUGCUAACAAAGGUGGAGUGGUUGCUCUAGUGGAGGGCCUUCGCGGAUUUGUCCCUUUCUCUCAGAUAUCAUCGAAAUCAACUGCAGAAGAACUUCUUGAUAAGGAACUUCCGCUGAAGUUUGUUGAUGUUGAUGAGGAACAGUCUAGGCUUGUGCUCAGUAACCGCAAGGCCAUGGCAGACAGUCAGGCACAGCUAGGCAUCGGAUCAGUGGUCACUGGAACUGUUCAGAGCCUGAAACCAUAUGGUGCGUUCAUUGACAUUGGUGGAAUCAAUGGGCUUCUUCAUGUUAGUCAGAUUAGUCAUGAUCGUGUCUCUGAUAUUGCAACAGUCCUUCAACCUGGUGAUACUCUCAAGGUCAUGAUACUGAGCCAUGACCGUGAAAGAGGUAGAGUAAGUCUUUCUACCAAAAAGUUAGAACCUACUCCUGGUGAUAUGAUUCGCAAUCCAAAGCUUGUCUUUGAGAAGGCUGAGGAGAUGGCUCAGAUGUUCAGGCAGAGAAUUGCUCAAGCAGAAGCUAUGGCUCGCGCUGACAUGCUGAGAUUCCAGCCUGAGAGUGGACUAACUCUGAGCUCUGAUGGGAUCUUGGGUCCGUUGACGUCGGACAUGCCAGCAGAGGGUUUAGACUUGAGUUAUGUUCCCACCGCGGAAGAGGAAGAUUGAUGACUGAGGUUGCAAUAUUUAGUCUCUGGUCAUUGAUUUGGUCAGUAAAAUUAAAAAUGUACAAAUGGCUUCAUUUGAGGCUGAGCUACAAAGUUACUGUUGUAUUCCGUUUGAUUUGAUUGCCUACAA